AUAAAGGGGGUGAUGAUUUAUGAGUGGUGAUACUUUCGGAUUUUGUUUGGGUAAAGUGGUGUUUUGGCUUCAAUUUGUGGUAAGGAGCAAGUUGCAAGGUGUUUCGCAACCGAUGCCAUGGCUUUGGAUACCUAGGUACUCAGCAAGCCAAGCAGUUUGAUGAAACUGAUUUUGGUUCUAUAAGAGCGUGCCAUUAAGCGGAUGUGUGACGAUGACAAGCCUCGACCAAGCACUGCGAGGCUUCUGCCUCAAAUCUUUCGUCUAUUCUGGAACCAAUACCAGGCAAUGGCUUCCAGCGGCAAUGUGAUGUAGAGGCUGCAAGUAGUAGUGCCAAUUGCCGAAGAGCAAGUAAUCUGGACGACACACUCUAUCUCUUUAAUCGGGCCAGGAAGAGAGAUUCUUUGUCUGCCUUUGGUUACCGAACACACAUUUGGCAACGCUACCUACCAUGCCGCUCUCCAAACAAUGAAAUUGUCCAAGAACCAUGUCGCAUCGCCAAUGAACAAAACAUGUUUACCCGCUCUGAUGCCUUGGACCGUUGAAGAAGCCCUUUGUCGACGCAUCUCUUUCGAGUCAAUCGUCCUCUCGUCCCGUCUAUCCAGGUCAAUGAUCGUGAGCACUGAACAGAUCCAUCACUCGAGGUUGACAAUGAGACAAGGAGAUGACCCAACCAACGAAACGAGACAUAUAAGUACUCACCUCACCACAAGCAUCCAAGUCCUUCCUCUUGUUUCUCCAGUCCGCCAGAACCAUCAGCCUCAAACAUCCAACACCAGCUCCAUUUAUAAAUCCCAAUCCCAACCAUCACCAUUGCCCAACAUGUCCACCGACUCCUCCUCCUCCUCCUCCUCCUCUUCGUCCACCCCCCUCAUCCCUCUAACCUACUACCAAACCCUCAACGUCCCCUACAGUGCCUCCAAAUCCGACAUCAGCACCGCCUUCCACGCCUUUUGCAAACUCCACCGGCAGCCGGGGCCAGACAAGAUCCCCCACUUUACUUCCUCGCAACGGUACAGAGACCUAAGAGAGGCGCACGACAUGUUGAUUGAUUCGGAAGACAGGCAAAAGUACGAUCUCUAUCUGGCCAAGAAGGGGGUUCCGCAUAUGGUGGAGAAGUACACGGCGAAGGAGGAGCAUAAAAUAGAGAGGGAGACGGAUAAGACAAAAAUAGAAAGGGAAACGGAUAAGAAAAUGAAAAGGGUGAUCAAUGAAUCCGGGGAGGAGGUGCUGGAGGGGUGGGGACAAGACGAAGUGGUCAAGUUCUUGGGAAGGCCGAGGGGGCCGAAGGUGAGGGGGACUAAUGUUUAGGUGUUGACUGGACUGGCUCCUUUCGGCACGAGGUAAGGUCGAAGAUGUGGUGGACGUGGGUGUGGUGUUGGUACUGUACGCGCUGUCAUGGAGUGGACUUGUGCUGUUGGCGUGUAAGUCGGUUUAUUUCUUUCGGUGCCGUCGUGUCGACUGAUGACCGGAUGGAGGAAGAAAUCUGGUAACCAAGGUGCCGCUUCUCAAGUUGGAUAAUACAAAUACAGUCUUCUGUUUUGCU